CGCAAGUCAGUCGUAAAAUUUAAAGUUUCACACACAUUCAAAACAAAACAAGAAUCAAGAUUUUGUUUAAAUAACAUUUUGCAAAAGCUCAUAGAAAGGAACGUUAUGUGCAUAGAAGAAUUAAAAUACGUUUACCUAAUGGCAUAAAAAUGGCACAACCCGGAGUUAUUAGAAAAUUAGAUGAAGAAGUAGUAAAUCGUAUAGCUGCCGGUGAAAUUAUUCAAAGACCGGCAAAUGCGCUAAAGGAACUGAUUGAGAAUUGUUUGGAUGCAAAAUCUACAAACAUAAUCAUCACAGUUAAAGCUGGUGGCUUGAAAUACUUACAGAUACAAGACAAUGGUACAGGCAUAAGGAAUGAAGACCUUAACAUAGUCUGUGAAAGGUUCACAACAUCAAAAUUAAGGGAAUAUGAGGAUUUGCAAGCUAUCAGCACUUAUGGGUUCCGAGGCGAGGCCCUAGCCAGUAUCAGUCAUGUGGCUCACCUGAGUAUAUUGACAAAAACCGCAAAUGAUAAAUGCGCUUAUAAAGCGUCUUAUGAAAAUGGCAAACUAAAGGGACCGAUUAAAGCCUGCGCUGGCAACAACGGCACUCAAAUAACUGUAGAAGAUCUAUUUUACAAUGUGAUAGCGAGGAAACGCGCAUUACGAAGCCCCAACGAAGAAUAUACACAUAUAAUGGAGGUGGUUGGAGGCUACGCUAUACAUAAUAGUAAUGUUAGCUUCACAUUGAAGAAGUUUGGUGAAAAUACAGAUAUAAAGACGCCAAACAAAUCUUCGGUUGUGGAAAAUGUUAGGAUUAUUCAUGGAAACUCAAUAGCAAGAGAGUUAUUAGAAAUAGAGUUAAAAGACGCAACGUUAAAGAUGUCGCUACACGGAUAUGUCACGAAUGUGAAUUACUCGCACAAGAAAGGCUGUAUGCUGCUGUUUAUUAAUCACAGGCUGGUUGAUUGUGUUUCAAUAAGAAAAGCAAUAGUUGCUGUAUAUUCUACGUAUUUACCGAAGAAUUCACAUUCCUUUGUCUAUCUCAGUAUAGAAUUAGAUCCAAGAAAUGUUGACGUAAAUGUGCAUCCAACGAAACACGAAGUUCAGUUUCUAUAUGAAGAGCAAAUUAUAGAAAAAAUAAAAGGUUGCAUUGAGAAUAAACUGCUCAGUUGUAAUUCUUCUAGAGUUAUGUACACGCAGGCAAGGUUACCUGGAGCGAGCGCGGUUGAAGAAAUUGUCAAAAAAACAACAGACGGCGCAAAAGUAUAUGCUAAAGAUUUAGUUAGAGUUAAUUCUGAUGUACAAAAAAUCGACAAGUUUUUCCAUUCAGCAGCAAAAAGUGUAACUACUGAUGCUAUGAAUGAAAAUGAAAGAAAACGCAAUGAACAAUAUGAAAAUAUAAUUAAUUUUGAUACAAAAGAAUGUGAAACAAAUAAGGGAGAAAUAAAUGAUAAACUUGAUGACGAAGAUAUGCCUAAAGAUAAUGUAAAAUUGCCAAAAAUAACAAUUCAUGAAACAACCGAUGAUGACAUUUUAGAAGAUUCGCAAAUUUCCGAACCAGAUACUAAAAAUAGGAAUACAGAUAAAUGGAAAGAUCACAUGAAUAUAGACCAAGCAAAUCUAAGUUAUGUGGAUCCAAAGGAAUCGUUUAAAACCAGAAUAUUUAAGUACGAAAGAGUGGAAACUAAGUUAACAAGUGUAAAAAAGUUAAGAAUGGCGGUAGAAGAUGCGUGUAAUAGUAACUUGAGGGAAAUAUUGGCUAAUUUGAUAUUUAUAGCUUGUAUCGAUUGCUAUAAGACGUUGAUACAGCAUUCGACGAAAUUGUUCUUGUGUGAUACUACGAGAUUGGCUGAAGAACUAUUCUACGAAACAUUGUUGUAUGAUUUCCAAAAUUUUGGAUUUAUAAAAUUAACAAAUCCUUUGCCUUUAGAAGAGCUGUUUUUGUUGGGAUUGAACUCUCAAGAUUCAGAAGCGAAUGCAGAAUUUGGUGAUAUUGGUGAUAUGCGAGAGAUGGCGAAGCAAAUGACAAAAUUAUUGGUAGCCAAAAGGGCGAUGCUUCAAGAGUAUUUUUCCUUCGAAGUAAACGAAAACGGAGAACUGCUUGCACUGCCGUUACUUCUAGAUGGUCACACUCCAUUCAUGGGCGCCUUACCGACAUACCUCGUUCGACUAGUCACGGAAGUGAACUGGGAUUCGGAAAAAGAUUGUUUCGAGACUUUCAGUCGACAAACAGCUAUUUUUUAUUCACAACCAAAUCCAAGUGACUCUAAUGAAGCUGUGAAGUCAGAACAGUGGAAACAAGAACAUAUUAUUUUUCCCGCCAUAAGAAAAUAUUUUCUCCCUCCAACAAGCUUUGUUAAUAAUGGCGCCAUUUUACAAAUAGCCAGCUUGAAUGAUUUGUAUAAAGUGUUUGAGAGGUGUUAGGUUAAGUUUGUUGAAUAAAGAAUUGUUAAGUUUA